GGAUUGACAAGUCAUGCUCUGUUCGGGGUGAAGGUGGGAGACGAAAUACUUGUGCAAUCUCACGAGAAGACAUGAGAUUUAGCAUUAUUGUUUACAUUGCAAAAAAAUGCGAACCGAACCGAAUCGAUCCGGAUUAGGCUGAAAUGAUCGGAACAAUUCAACUUCCGCAGCACAUUGUUGUGUGUGUCGAGGAAGGUAGCUAAAGGAGAAUAGGAACUUUAUUGCGAAUGAUCGAGCUUUAAAUUGGACGGAUUGCCCCCAUUCGAAUAAAACAUCGUUUGGCUGUUCUUAACGUGAUCAGCAAACCAUGACCAUUGUUAGAGAUGAAAUAUCCCAAAGGAAGCGUGGCAACAUCAUUGGGGUCUAUGUCGAAUGGAAUGUGAUCCUGGGCCUGGGGAUACCCGAGUACUAACCAGGGAGUACUGAAAGACGGGUUUGGGCUACCCCCAGCCCAGGUUGGAGGCCUUGGAGGGAAUCAUCCGUCUAUAAGAAGCCAAAGCGAACGCCGUCUUACUUACUUAACCAUAAGACAAGGCAACUAUAAAACAGCAAAGAUCGUGAAUUUGGAUGAGGCCACGUUUGGGAGUGUCUGGGUAGUUGAAAGGGUGACACUACGAGAUAAGACUUUCGCUCACCAUCAUCCUACCUGCAACUGGGAAAUAUCACAAUAGGUAACGUCAACGCAACACCAUGAUGGAAGAACUGCACAGCUUAGACCCACGGCGCCAGGAGUUGCUGGAGGCUCGCUUCACUGGGGUUGGAGUGGCCAAGGGCUCAGGUCAAAAUGAGUCAUCCAAUCAGAGUCUGUGCAGUGUGGGCUCCCUCAGUGACAGAGAACAAGAGACCCCUGAAAAGAAGUCUAAUGACCAGAGAACAAGAAAAAGGAAAGGAGAUUCUUAUGACAGCAACCAAGGAAAAGGAGGAGCAAGGGGACAUAAAAUUAGUGAUUAUUUUGAGUUUGCGGGUGGUAGCGGUCCUGGCACUAGUCCAGCCAGGGGCGUCCUUCCAGUAGUCCGCUCCUCCCCCCAGCACUCCCUUUCAAACCCCCCAGUCAUGGUGCAGCAGGGAAGCCCCUCGUCCAUCAGUUCGGCAAACACAGAGCAUUCGUCGUGUUCCUCAAAGCCUGGCUCUCUUCACAUGCUCCAUAAAGCUACGCAAUCCGACCUGACUAUAGAAAAGCUAAUAGCUAUGGAGAACAACAAGAACUCUGACUUGGAGAAGAAGGAGGGACGAAUAGAUGAUUUACUGCGGGCCAACUGCGACCUGCGCAGACAGAUAGACGAACAGCAGAGGAUGCUGGAACGGUACAAGGAAAGGCUAAACAAGUGUGUCACCAUGAGCAAGAAGUUGCUGAUUGAGAAGUCCAAGCAGGAGAAGAUGGCGUGCAGGGACAAGAGCAUGCAGGACAGGCUGCGUCUGGGUCACUUCACCACCGUGCGACACGGAGCCUCCUUCACGGAGCAGUGGACCGACGGCUACGCCUUCCAGAACCUCAUCAAGCAACAGGAGAGGAUCAAUUCCCAACGAGAAGACAUUGAGAGGCAGAGGAAGCUGUUGGCCAAGCGGAAGCCACCCUCCAUGGCCCAGACUCCGCCCCCUAGCUUGGAACAGAACAAACGCAAGAGCAAGACCAACGGCGUGGAGAACGAAGCGUUAUCACAGGCAGAAUAUCACGAGCAAGAGGAGAUCUUUAAGCUGAGACUGGGCCAUCUGAAAAAGGAGGAGGCAGAGAUCCAGGCGGAGUUGGAAAGGUUGGAGCGCGUGCGGAACCUGCACAUCCGCGAGCUCAAGAGAAUCCACAACGAGGACAACUCCCAGUUUAAAGACCAUCCUACCCUUAAUGACCGGUACCUCCUGCUUCAUCUACUUGGCCGCGGGGGCUUCAGUGAAGUUUACAAGGCCUUUGACAUAACGGAGCAGAGAUACGUGGCCGUCAAAAUUCACCAGUUGAACAAGAACUGGAGAGAUGAAAAGAAGGAAAACUAUCACAAACAUGCGUGUAGGGAAUAUAGAAUCCACAAAGAACUCGACCACCCACGGAUAGUCAAACUGUACGACUACUUCUCACUCGAUACCGACUCGUUCUGCACGGUUCUAGAGUACUGUGAGGGGAACGACCUGGACUUCUACCUGAAGCAGCACAAGCUGAUGUGCGAGAAGGAAGGGCGCUCCAUCAUCAUGCAGAUCGUCAACGCCCUCAAGUACCUCAACGAGAUCCGCCCGCCCAUCAUCCACUACGACCUGAAGCCUGGCAACAUACUGUUGGUGAACGGCACCGCCUGUGGGGAGAUCAAGAUCACAGACUUCGGCCUGUCCAAGAUCAUGGACGACGACAGCUACAACUCUGUGGACGGAAUGGAGCUGACGUCGCAGGGAGCAGGGACCUACUGGUACCUGCCCCCAGAAUGCUUUGUGGUGGGGAAGGAGCCACCUAAAAUCUCCAACAAGGUGGAUGUAUGGUCUGUGGGAGUCAUCUUCUACCAGUGUUUGUACGGCCGCAAGCCUUUUGGUCAUAACCAGUCGCAACAGGACAUCCUCCAAGAGAACACAAUUCUGAAGGCAACCGAGGUGCAGUUUCCCGCCAAACCAGUAGUCACACCUGAAGCCAAGGGCUUUAUAAGGCGCUGUCUUGUUUACCGCAAGGAGGACCGAAUCGGUGUCCACCAGCUGGCCAGCGACCCUUUCCUCAUGCCCCACAUCCGCAAGUCUGUGGCCACUUCCGGAGCCUCCGGCAUGGCCACGCCCUCCACAUCCAGCUCCUCCAAUAGCAGCGCCUCAAACUGAGACCACUGCAGUUAUCGGCAUACUGACCUGAAGAAAAAAAUGGAUGUGAGGGUGCGAUGCCUGCUUCAGCCCCCCCCCCCCUCCACAUCACCCCCCCAUCAUCACACGGCGCCAUGCAACGGCCUUGAGCUUGUACUGGGACGCUGGCAAGGGGGGAGGUGAGGAGUCAUAGAUGGGGGGGAGUGGAGGUGGAAACCCUCCGUCUCUCGUGUCCACCAGCCCCAACGUCGUGUCCUUCUCUUCCCUGAGGGAUGGCACUGUCCUGGGGGUCAAAGCCCUGGGCUGCCCUCACCUCACUGUGAGGCCCGGGACAUGGCGCUGUGCUGAGGGGGACCUGGCACUUGCAUGGCACUGUGCUGAGGGGAUCAGUGUUUCUCCUGCUAGAGAGAGAUAGAGAGAGAUGGAGAAAGAGAGAGAGAGAAAGAGAGAGAGAG